AUGGAGGAGCAUUUCGUGUUGCGGUUACCACCGUCGCUGGCUUCUCGGAUGGACCGCGUGCUGCGGGAAGACCCCGCCGCCGCCGCAGACGCCGCCAUGGAACUUUUCUUCCAAGCUGACGGCCGAACGGGCUCCUUUGUGAUGGGCAGGGAAUCUUUUUCCGCCUCCUUAUUGGACCUGCCAGCGGUUGUCGAAUCGUGGAAGACAUACGAUGAUAACUCGCUCAUCAAAACGGCCGACGUGGGGCAGGUGGGACGUGGGGCAGGUGCCAGGUGGGACGUGGGGCAGGUGGGACGUGGGGCAGGUGGUAUCUGGAUGAUCGUGGUGAGGGAGCCAUCAGAAGCAGAGCGCCCAGUGGAGGGACCAGAGAGUCGCAACGGCCUCACCCCUCCCUCCCGUGUGAAUGUUGUACCACAUGUUACUGUGAUAUCAGAUGAUCGUUGUGAGGGAGCCAUCGGAGGCAGAGCGACCCAUUGA